AGGAUGAGGUACAGAAGAUGAGAAAGAAAGUUGCCCUUCUGCAGCAGCUCAGUCACACUCCAAACCACCCCCUGCUCAGUAACCACAGUAACUCUAGUAGUAACCACAGUUACUUUAUUAGUAACCACAGUAACUUGGCUAGUAACCACAGUAACUCUAGUAGUAACUCCCCUAGUGACCAUGGGACAGACCCUCUCAGAACCAAUCACCACCAAGAAGACCUCAUCCUGUGAAAACUCCUUCUGUAGAGUUGCAUCAUCAUCCAUGCAGGGAUGGAGAAUAUCAAUGGAGGACGCUCAUACCGUUCAGAUAACAGUUGAUGGAGAUGCAACACAUAACUUCUUUGGAGUGUAUGAUGGACACGGUGGCACACAAACAGCCCAAUACACGCAAGACAGAUUACACGCAAAGCUGGUAUCACAGCCCGGCUUCAAAGCGGGAGACUACAAGGACGCGCUGAUAAAGUGCUUUGUGGAUCUUGAUAAGGAGAUGUACGAAGAUAGAUCAGGGAAGUUUGCGACGUCCGGCUGCACAGCAGUUACCAUGCUGACUAAAAACAGCACCAUGUACUGCGCUAAUGCAGGGGAUUCCCGGGCGGUACUCAGUGAAAGGGGGCAGGCUGUACCUCUCUCUUUCGACCACAAGCCCUCCAACGAAGAGGAGAUGAGACGUAUUAGAGCUGCUGGAGGUUUUGUUGAGUUUAACAGAGUUAACGGUACACUUGCGCUCUCCCGCGCACUCGGUGACUUCGAGUUCAAGUGUGCUACGCGUCUUCCCAAGGAUCAGAUGGUUACAGCGGUACCCGAAGUGACUGUAACCCCUCUCAACGAUAACCACGAGUUUGUUGUCUUAGCUUGUGAUGGUAUCUGGGAUGUGUUGACCAGUCAAGAAGUUAUCGAUUUCAUUCGACCUAAAUUAGCAGAAGGUCUUAGUCCUGAUUCAAUUUGUGAGGCAAUAUUAUCAAAGUGUUUGGCUCCAGUGACGGGCAUGGGAGGUACUGGUUGUGAUAACAUGACGAUAACCCUUGUGGUACUACUUCAGGGUCAAGGUUGGGGAAGACUUAUCGAAAAGUGUAACCGACCCCUCACAUCCUAGUGUAUCUAACAUAGCAACUACCACUAUCAUCCAAGAGGGAAAAGUGGUACCAAGCCAGGAAAUCUUCUCUAGGAAUCGGAUUAAAUCAAGAUUGAUUCCGUGGGGAUUGAAAACAUCGACAGUCAAUAUAUAGACAAUAGUGAACGGUGCAGUGCAAGUGUAUGGGAAAUAUUUGAUCAGAUUGGACCGAGGGUGUCUUUGAAAUUGAGCUGUAUUUAAUCAAACAUUUGAUCAAUUAAUUAAGUACUUAAUUGAUUGAUUCAUAAGUUGGUUAACUUAUUAUGGUUAUAUGCUUUACAUAGCUUGUAAAUUGUUGAUGUUUUGUACAUAUAUUAUGCGUGUCAUAGUUCAGUCACUUCUCCUUACAUUUUCAGUGAGGAUCUAUCAUUCAGUUAGGGCUGUCCAGAACGAUCUUCUUAGAUUCAUCAACCUUCUCCAAAUUUCACUUUUUAUCGUCGAAAGAUCAGGUAUUGCCGGCUAACUUGCAAAUCUGAUCUUUAUGGAAUUGGAAUGAUUUUUUGAUACUGAACCAUUAUAAUGAUUAUUAUGACAUUCUCGACUGAAGUUUUAAAAAGCAAGGAAACGCAAUUCUGACAAAAUCUCAAUCGGGAAAGUGCUACAAACCCAGGACUUGUUUCCGAAUUGCACGACUAGAAUAUCCUAGAUCAUAUUAAUGGAUUAUCAGACAUCUAGAUGCGUAGACUACUCAACAAUAUUCGGUUGGAAUUUGAUCAAAAUCUGAAUAUAACAGAGAGCAAAACGCGAAGUUCUGGGCAGCGGCGGCUUGUCUUAUUAUGUAUUUGCUAAUUUAUUUGUGAGAAAAUCCCAUAUUGCAUGUCAUAUCAUAAUGGGCACUGUUAAUCUGAUAUCUCGGCGGUGUUUCUUUAGGUUCAGCAAUUUUUAUUGGAUUGGCUUUUUUGGUCGGAUGGACGAAUAAUGUUUCUGCAUGAAUGAUUUAUCCUUCAAAUUGUACUGUGUCCUAUGAAUCUAUAAAUUGUAAUUUUCAUAUCAUUGACCUCGUCAUUAAAUUAAUAUACUCGUUACUCAAGUUGGCAACACAUCAUUUCAUGUAUAAAGCCUGUAUAAAAUAAUUUAAGCUAUUUCUCGAUUACAUAUUUUAGUUGUAUUAGUGUUGCGGACACUGCAUCUUUUUGUGGAAGUUAAAUGUGUAGUACGGGUUUCUUCACCUUAACCAUUUCUACUACAUAGUUGGAAAUACUGAUUUACAAAUUACAUGUAUGAUUCAAAUAAAUAUUUAAAAGUUGUCUAUUUUCUGACAGAUUACAAA